AUGUUUGGCGGGGCUUUGAAUUCCAAAGCAAUAAUGGAAAAGAACACAUUUGGAGCACAUUUAGUGGCGUUGUGUUUCUUUGGGAUGCUUCUAAUGCAUUCUUCUUGUCAAAAUGAUUCAACUACUGAUGUGUACAUUGUUACUCUCAGACAAGCCCCUACUUCUCACUAUCAGAAUGAGUUGACCACAGCUUAUAACAACUUCAGACAUGGUACUUUUAGGAGAACCGCACUUCACAAUCCAAGACAUCAAAAUUUUACAAAGACAUAUAAGAGACGUGGUUCUAACAUCGCACAAGUUCACGAUUCAUUGUUGAAGAAGGUGUUUAAAGGAGAGAAGUAUCUAAAACUCUAUAGCUAUCAUUACUUGAUCAAUGGAUUUUCUGUGCUUGUUACUCAACAGCAGGCAGAGAAGCUAUCAAGGAGAAGAGAAGUGUCCAAUGUGGUUUCAGAUUUUUCUGUAAGAACUGCAACCACGCAUACCCCGGAGUUUUUGGGUCUGCCACAGGGAUCUUGGUUUCAAUCAGGUGGAUUUGAGACUGCCGGAGAAGGAAUCACUAUUGCAUUUGUUGACACAGAUUUUCCAUCUGGUUCUUGCAAUAGGAAGCUUGUUGGCGCCCGUCAUUUUGCAGCAUCUGCUAUAAUCAGAGAAAUGCUUGAUCCAACUGAGGACUAUGCUUCUCCCUUCGACGGUGAUGGCCAUGGCACGAACACAGCUUCUAUUGCAGCUGGAAACCAUGGAAUUCCAGUGGUUGUUAAUGGGUAUCAUUUCGGAAAUGCUAGUGGGAUGGCUCCUCGUUCGCAAAUUGCUGUUUACAAGGCACUAUACAAGGGAUUUGGAGGGUUUGCUGCAGAUGUUGUUGCAGCUAUUGAUCAGGCAGCUCAAGAUAGAGUUGAUAUAAUAUGCUUGUCAAUCACUCCUAAUAGGCGUCCUCCCGGUAUUGCAACUUUCUUCAAUCCGAUAGACAUGGCAUUGUUGUCAGCUACAAAGGCUGGUAUUUUUGUUGUGCAAGCUGCUGGAAAUACUGGACCUUCGGCUAUGAGCAUGUCCUCCUUUAGCCCAUGGAUCUUUACUAUUGGUGCCACCUCUCAUGAUCGAGUUUAUAGCAACUCGCUAUCUCUUGGAAAUAAUGUGACUAUACUCGGAGUUGGACUUGCACCUGGCACGUCUGAGAACACAAUGUACACUUUGAUUCACGCGCAUCAUGCUUUGAACGAUGACACAACAAUUGCUGAUGAUAUCAUCAAGCAGGCCGUAGAAACAGCCACAAAUCUUAGUGCUGCCGGGGUUGUUUUUCCCAUGAAUCCUUCUGUGAAUGGUUUUCAGCUUAAUCCAACUCCAAUGAAAAUUCCUGGCAUAAUAAUUCCAUUUGCAAAUGAUUCCAAGAUAUUAUUAGAAUACUACAAUUCUUCACUGGAAAAAGACGGUACUUCAGAAAAAAUUGUUAAACUUGGGGCUGUUGCUAGCAUCAAUGGUGGACUUACGGCGAGCUAUAACAAUGUUGCCCCAAAUGUUAUGUAUUACUCUGCCAGAGGACCAGAUCCAGAGGACAAUUUUCCUCAUGAAGCUGACAUUUUGAAACCCAAUCUUGUAGCCCCUGGAAGUUUUAUAUGGGCUGCUUGGAGUUCUGUUGCCACUGAUUCAGACGAGUUUCUAGGUGAGAAUUUUGCAAUGUUGUCUGGCACAAGCAUGGCUGCACCUCAUGUUGCUGGUCUUGCUGCACUAGUCAAGCAAAAGUUUCCCAAUUUCAGCCCUGCAGCCAUUGGAUCUGCGCUUUCCACCACAGCAUUGCUGUCCGACAACAGCGGGAAGCCAAUAACAGCACAGCGGUCAUAUCCCUCCCCAGACCUAAACCAAUCGCCAGCAACUCCAUUUGACAUGGGAAGCGGGUUUGUGAACGCUACUGCAGCUUUAAACCCGGGAUUGCUUUUCGAAUCAAGUUAUGAUGAUUACAUGUCUUUUCUAUGUGGUAUGAAUGGUACAGCUUCUGUAGUUCUCGACUACACUGGUCAGAAUUGUUUGAUUUAUAACUCUACUGGCUAUGGCUCUGAUCUAAACUUGCCUUCAAUCACAAUAGCGAGGUUGAACCAAUCUAGAUUAGUGCAGAGAACAGUACAAAACAUUGCUGGAAAUGAAACUUACAAUGUUGGUUGGAGUUCUCCAUAUGGAGUUUCAGUUAAAGUAUAUCCAACUCGCUUCUCUCUAGCCAAUGGGGAGAGACAAAUCUUAUCUGUGAUCUUCAAUGCAACCAGCAACAGCUCUAUUGCAAGCUUUGGAAGGAUUGGAUUGUUUGGUAAUCAAGGUCAUGUAGUCAACAUUCCUGUGUCUGUCAUUGUUAAAAUCUCACUAUGA